GCCUCCCGGGGAGCAGCCCAGCGCCGCCCCAACGUUCAGCCUUUCCCUUUGGAUUCUUUUAGAAGAUUCAACAGUAGGACUCGUCUCUCUCCACUUUUACUUUCAUGCCAGAAAGCGGAAUCUGCAAAGUGCUUUGUAAAGUUCCGUAAGGUAAUCCGUUCUUACCGGGAAAGGGCUGCAGCAAGGGUAUCCUGCCUCCAGUGACCCGCGCUUGGGGUUCAGCCUCUCCCCUCCGUCACCCUGAGGGGAUUUACUGAAUUGAGCAGCCAUCGCAGCUAAAAUGAAUCCCAAGGAAGAAAAAGUAAAAAUAAUUACAGAGGAGUUCAUUGAAAAUGAUAAGGACGCAGGUGUGGGAAGACAGAAGAAGACCCCAAAGGUUGCAAGACAAAAAAGGAAGAAACGGCUGCCCACCACUGGCCCCGAGGAAAUGGUGCCUGAAAAUCUCCACUUCAACCAGCAGGGGCCUGUGCCGGAAGAUUCUGACACUCGCCCCCUGAGCAUGACGAGCCGUCGAGGUCCACGGAGCUUACCUCCAAUUCCUUCAGCUUCCAGGACAGGCUUUGCAGAAUUUUCCAUGAGGGAACGCAUGAGAGAGAAAUUACAAGCUGCAAGGUCCAAAGCAGAAAGCACGUUGCUGCAGGAAAUUCCCACCCCUCGGCCCAGGCGCUUACAAAGUCCCAGCGAGAAAGAAAUGGAAACUGAAUUUGGCACGGAGGCAGAUGAGGAGGUACAAAGGACUCAAAAAGAAGAUGAUUCCCAAAGUUACUCAAGAGUAAAAUUCUGUGAUUCUGUACGAAAAAUCAAGCCUAAACCCGUGGUUCCACCUGGCUUCCCUUCUGCCGAAGAAGCCUAUAACUUCUUCACUUUCAACUUUGAUCCUGAACCAGAGGAAUCAGAAGAAAAACCAAAAGCCAAAAACAGAGAUGGAAUGAACCAAGAGGAGGAGGAAGGAGAGGAAGAAGAGCCUCCUGUGCAAGAACACAAAAUGGAUGAGGAAGAGCUGCUUAGUGCUAAGGAUGACGAGGAUUUUCUACUGGGCUUAGACCACGCAGCUGAGGAUUUUGUGGUAGUCAGACCUGCAGAUUAUGAAAGCGUCCAUGUUCGACUGCAGAUGGAAAAAGAACUCCUGUUCGUACCCAGUAGGCUGACAGUGCCUACGUAUAAAAAGCUUCCCGAGAAUGUGCAGCCCCGAUUUCUAGAAGACGAAGGCCUUUAUGCUGGGGCAAGACCCGAGGUGCCCCGCGCCUGUCAGAACAUCAUGGAGAACAGGCUGCUGACGCAGGAGCCCGGAAGAAAGUGGUUUGGAGAUGACGGGAAAAUCCUAGCACUGCCAAACCCCACCAAGGGGUUUCCUUCGAGACCACCAGUGCUGACACGGGAGCAAGACAUUAAGGCAGAACUUGAAACACUGUAUAAAAAGGCAGUAAAAUAUGUCCACAGAAGUCAGCACAUGAUUGGAUCUGGAGACCCCUCUGGAAAUUUCCAACUGGACAUUGAUAUUUCAGGGUUAAUCUUCACUCAUCAUCCCUGUUUUAGCCGAGAGCAUGUUUUGGCGGCCAAGCUGGCCCAAUUAUAUGACCAGUACCUUGCAAGACACCAGAGAAACAAGGCAAAAUUCCUUACUGAUAAGCUCCAAGCUCUAAGAAAUGCAGUUCAGACAGAACUUAAUCCAGCAAAACCUCAUAAAUCUCUUGAUACAACCCAAAAAGCCAUCAAUGAGUAUAAAUCUGAAAUUCGGCAAACAAGAAAAUUGCGCGAUGCUGAACAAGAAAAAGAUCGAACGUUGCUUAAAACGAUCAUAAAAGUUUGGAAGGAGAUGAAAUCCCUUCGAGAAUUUCAGAGGUUUACGAAUACACCCUUGAAACUUGUUUUGAGAAAGGAAAAAGUUGACCAGAAAACAGACGAAGAAGCAUAUGAGGCAGAAAUUCAAGCUGAGAUAAGUGAGUUGUUGGAAGAGCUCAUGGAAGAGUAUGAACGGAAGAUGGAAGGGUACAGAGCCUCAUACCAGCAAUGGAAAGCCUGGAAGAAAGCCCAGAGAGCCAAGAAGAAGAAAAAGAAGCAAGCUGUCGAAGAACAUCCCGACGAGGAGAUGGAGGAGCCGUAUCCCGGGGAGGAGCCUGUGAAACCGGUCCCCCCCGAGCCCACCGAUCGGGCGUUGGUAGAACAACAGGUGAGGGAGAGGGCAGCCUGGAGCAGGAGAAGGCCUGGGGAGCCCACGCUGGUGCCGGAGCUGAGCCUGGCGGGAAGCGUCACUCCCAACGAGCAGUGUCCCAGGGCAGAGGUCUUGCGAAGGGAGGAUGUCAAGAGGCGCUCCAUAUAUCUAAAGGUGAUCUUCAACGACAAGGAAGUGUCCAGGACCGACAGUCGACCACUUGGGGCAGACUUCCGAGUUCACUUUGGACAGAUUUUCAAUUUGCAGAUAUUCAACUGGCCAGAGAGUUUAACGUUACAGGUAUAUGAAACAAUUGGACACAGUGGUACCACUUUGCUAGCGGAAGUGUUUCUGCCUAUUCCUGAAACUACCAUUGUCACUGGAAGGGCUCCCAUUGAAGAAGUGGAGUUUAGCAGUAACCAGCAUGUGACACUGGACCACGAGGGAGUUGGAAGUGGAGUGCCCUUCUCAUUUGAAGCGGAUGGUAGUAAUCAACUGAUUCUAAUGACCUCGGGGAAGGUGUCCAACGGUGUGGCUUGGGCCAUUGGAGAAAACGGGAUCCCUUUAAUUCCCCCACUGUCACAGCAGAACAUCGGAUUUAGAAGUGCUUUGAAGAGGGCAGAUGCCAUCUCAUCUAUUGGCACAUCCGGACUGACAGACUUGAAAAAGUUGGCCAAGUGGGCGGCGGAGUCCAAGCUCGACCCGAACGACCCCAACAAUGCCCCUUUGAUGCAGCUAAUCUCGGUUGCUACCAGCGGUGAAUCCUAUGUCCCUGAUUUCUUUCGCCUGGAACAGCUGCAGCAAGAAUUUAACUUUGUUUCAGAUGAGGAAUUGAAUAGAUCCAAACGAUUCAGGCUUCUUUGUCUUAGAAGCCAAGAGGUGCCAGAAUUCCGAAAUUAUAAGCAAAUUCCAGCAUAUGACCGAGAAAUUAUGGAAAAAGUAUUCCAGGACUAUGAGAAACGUUUACGAGACAGAAAUGUAAUUGAAACCAAGGACCACAUAGAUACCCAUAGGGCCAUAGUCGCCAAGUACCUCCAGCAGGUUAGAGAAUCAGUGAUAAAUCGUUUCCUGAUUGCAAAACACCAUUUUCUUCUUUCGGACUUGAUCGUAGAAGAAGAAGUUCCCAAUAUCAGUUCUGAAGGCUCAGGCAUUCUGGGGCUAAGCCUUUUCAAGCUGGCAGAACAAAAGCGACCACUAAGGCCAAGGAGAAAAGGUCGGAAGAAGGUGACAGCCCAAAACCUGUCUGAUGGAGACAUAAAGGUGCUGGUGAACAUCAUCCGGGCUUAUGACAUUCCCGUGAGGAAGCCCACAGCAAGCAAAUUCCAGCAGCCAUCAAGAUCGUCACGGACUUUCAGCGAGAAGCGUGCUGCUUCCCCGACCACACACAGCCCCACCCACAGCACGGACUACCCCCUCGGCCAGGUUUUAGUACGUCCUUUUGUAGAAGUUUCUUUUCAACGAACGAUUUGCCACACAACUACAGCUGAAGGACCAAACCCCAGCUGGAAUGAAGAACUGGAACUUCCUUUUAGGGCCCCCAAUGGGGAUUACAGCACCACCAGUUUGCAGUCAGUGAGAGACGAUGUGUUCAUUAACAUUUUUGAUGAAGUGCUGAACGACGUCCUAGAGGAUGACCGUGAAAGAGGAAGGGGAAUCCACACCCAUAUUGAGAGACACUGGUUGGGAAGCGUGAAAAUCCCAUUUAGCACCAUUUACUUCCAAGCCAAGAUUGAUGGGACGUUUAAAAUAGACAUUCCCCCUGUUCUUCUGGGCUACAGUAAGGAGCGAAACCUGAUUAUCGAGCGGAGUUUUGACUCGGUGCGAAGCCUGAGUGAAGGCUCCUACAUCACCCUGUUCAUUACCAUCGAGCCUCAGCUGGUUCCCGGGGAGUCUGUUCGAGAAAAGUUUGAUUCUCAGGAAGAUGAGAAAUUGCUUCAAGCAACAGCGAAGUUUCAAACCGAAUGUGCCUUAAAGUUUCCACACCGCCAGUGUCUCACGACGGUGACUGACAUCAGUGGAAAAACCGUCUUUGUCACCCGUUACCUCAAGCCUUUAAACCCUCCGCGGGAGCUCCUGGAUGCCUGCCCCAACAGCCCCCAGGCAAUGGAGGAACUGCUCGAUUAUUUUUUGUUCAAACAGGAACUGGUGGCUCGAUAUGUAUCACUGAUUCCUUUCUUGCCUGACACGGUUUCAUUUGCUGGCAUCUGUGACAUGUGGAGCACGUCUGAUCAAUUUCUGGAUCUCCUGGCAGGAGACGAAGAAGAGCAUGCAGUAUUACUAUGUAAUUAUUUUCUCUCUCUGGGGAAGAAGGCCUGGCUCAUGAUGGGCAGUGCUAUUCCUGAGGGUCCAACUGCCUAUGUGCUAACUCGGGAGCAAAGUCACUAUUUAAUAUGGAAUCCCUGCACUGGACAUUUUUAUGGACAAUUUGAUACAUUCUGCCCCUUAAAAAGUGUGGGCUGUUUAAUAGGUCCCGAUAAUAUUUGGUUUAAUAUUCAACGAUAUGACUCCCCACUACGGAUAAACUUUGAUGUCACCAAGCCCAAGCUAUGGAAAUCUUUCUUUUCAAGAAGCCUUCCAUAUCCUGGCCUUUCUAGUGUUCAGCCAGAAGAACUAAUUUACCAGCGCACAGACAAAGCGGCCGCAGCUGAGCUACAAGACAGGAUUGAAAAAAUACUAAAAGAAAAAAUCAUGGACUGGAGGCCACGCCAUCUGACUAGAUGGAACAGGUACUGUACCUCCGCUCUACGGCACUUCUUGCCUGUGUUAGAGAGAAAUCAAGGAGAAGACAUAGAAGAUGACCACAGAGCGGAGCUGCUCAAACAGCUGGGAGACUACCGGUUCUCUGGAUUUCCCCUUCACAUGCCCUAUUCUGAACUGAAACCUUUAAUUGAAGCAGUGUAUAGCACCGGAGUACAUAAUAUUGAUGUUCCUAAUGUUGAAUUUGCUUUAGCUGUAUAUAUCCACCCAUACCCCAAAAAUGUUUUGUCUGUUUGGAUUUAUGUUGCCUCCCUUAUACGCAACAGGUAAUUUUUUCAUUGUAUUUUUGUAUCAUGUAAAAAAUGUAAUUAAGGUAUGAGAGUAUUUUUGUGAUAUUGAUCAUAUUAGAAGAAAUUAUUUGUAAAUAAUGAAAUAAAAUUAUCAUUAUUUUCAAAAUAA